GUUUGAAAAACGGUUGCAAUUUUCCUGGCUGUGCUCAGACGAUAAACCAGCCAUCUACAUAUAUAAUACUGGGAAGUUCACGCUUUGCGUCCAGUUUCGCCAUGAUUGAAGUUGACCAUACAAGCCGUUCUGACUCCAGCUACGAGACUGUAGCUUCAGAAAUGCUCACCGACAAGCGGAAAGCGCUGAUCAACGACGCCCAAAGUGUCAGCUCCUCAAGGUACGACCAGUCGGUCCAUGCUCUCCACACACACAAGAAAACUGCCUCCAGUCUCACCACAGUUUUCGAUAAUCCAUAUCUGCGCUCCAGUAAACAUGUCACAUUGACAUCUACGUGGGGAGUGGACGGUUCGCAGGACAUUCGCAACAGCCAGCUGCUCCAGCAGCUGAUGGAGGGCCACGAAAGUGCGCCCUCCAGCCACUCGAAUCUCGCUCGAAACAAGUCGGCUGCAUCCUCCAAGAGUGCAGUGGCCCCGUUUGAGCCGUCCAGACAACCGUCUCUGCGCCGGCAGCUGACCACCAGGUCAGUCAAGUCCACGGGCACUCUUCGAAGAUCAAACGCCGUCAAGCGCAAGGUCGGAUGGCUGACAAUGCUCAGGCUUCUGGUCCGCAAAUGUAAGAGACGUGCCGCCCAGAAAUGGCGCAACAUUCGUCAACGGCGAGUGUUUGGCGGCCGCAAAAAGCGCACAAAGACCGAGUCAAUCACGAUUUCGUUGCCAAUAGCACGCCCAGAGACUCCACAGCUCAACCGCACAAGCACAGUCCAAAAACAGCCUCGUCCAUCCAGUGUCAGCGACUCGCAAAGAAAAGCUGCCAUGGACAGGCUUAUCAAAAAAAGCCAGGAGAACCUGAUCGAUCCAGGCCACGACGACCUGAUCGCGCUGUGGACCAGCUAUCUCAAGUCGACUGUCGCUAAGCGCAUCCAUCUCAAGCUCAGCAUCGCACAGCUAGCCAAACCGGCCGCAACGCAUGCACGCAAGGAAAGCCUGCUCGAUUCGAUUCUCUCUGAUUACGUCAGCACGGACGAUAGCGACACCAACAGCAUGGCUUCCGACUGGAGCUCGAUUUCCACGGCCGAGUCCUCGGCGAUGGACGAGCGCGAGAUAGCCGACUAUAUCGGGUACAAGGACAGCAUAUUCAGCAGCGAGUCCACCACGCCAAUCAUAGUGAGGCAAAACAGCGUUGCCUUUUCAUUUGCCCCAUCGGUAUUGAGUAAAUCCGAAAUUUCGGGCCGAAAAGAAAUUUUUAGUACAUAAAAGAAAGGGUCCCUAAGCUAUGACUGUGAUUGUCGAUAUGGGAAUAUUAUAUUCCAUUGCAAACAGUUUCUCGCUGGGGCUGUUUGACAAAUUGCGCAGGAUGUUUGUUUCAAACGAUGCUGACGUCGAAAUAGUGCACUUCCCUGACUUUGAGCAGGAAAGUCCUCAAAGGACAAGACUGUGUCCCAUGAUUCGCAUUAAUGCUGUGCAGAAAUUGCGUGCUAAGCCUUUCUCUACCAUGACUACCUGUGUCCUGCCAGAAAACAGGCCAUCAUCGUCAAUAGACAGCAACAUGAUAGCAGAUGUGCAAAGCUAUUAUCCUAGGCGAUUGAGCGCUCCCGUGCACGCGAUGGCGUUGCCGGAGCUGUCAAGGACGGUUUCUGAUGUAUCCAACCAGUCCAGCCGCGCCGACACUUCUGAGUCCAUCGCAGCUUUCCAGAUCGUGUUUGACGACCAUAUCAUGCCGGGAACGGUGGCACGCUAACAGCUACAACCUCUACAGUAUGGGUAUCUGUAGAAACCAUGAAAUAAUCCAUUAUUAAUGUACAUGCAGAAUAGAUCAUUGAGCAAACUCUUCAUCGACAACGUCCUCGAUGGUUGGCGAGUAAGAUUUUGGGGAAAGGCUAGUGUGACGCUCCAUAGUGGUAUAAUUUUUCUUCAGGUCUGCCUCUGGACGCAUGAUUUCCCUCGGCACAUGCGCCACAGACCCACUUGGCCCACUCAACUCGGACACUGUCUGCUUCUGCUCCUUUUGCGGCGUCUCGAUAGGAAUGCGUUUCAGGUGUUCUGGCUGCUCCGACUCCGAUAAGAUCUCUGUGUGUCUUCUUGUGCAACGGUUGUGUUUUCCUUUGCGAACAGGCAAUGCUGUGAACGAGGCGUCGAAGGUGUUGAAGGAGAUUCUGACCGGUCUCCUUUUCGGAAUUGCUACCAGCAGUGCGCCAUUCACCAUGCGCAAAUCAAUAUCGCGUCUCAGAUCGGCGUCAUCGGGCAUGUCGAGCACUUUAUAGAAAUCAUCCUUGUCACAGCUCACAAGAAGCUUUCUGCCACGGAUCUCGAACUCGUAGUCCUCAAAGAAGGGUCUCUGACAUGUCUGUUCGAAUACCACAUAAUAGUUGUUUUCAUCCUCCAGUCUGUAGAUAGCGGGCGUCACGCGACGCUGAACACUAAACACGGGGUAGUCAGCGUAGUUGCAAAGCUG